UCUUCUUCCUCUUCUCCGAUCCGUUGACCGUCCACGCUAUAUAUACAUCAUAAAUCAGCCUAGGAAGUCGCUAGAGCGCAUCAUCAAUCACCGAUCGAUCAUCUCUCUCAAGUCCAAGCUUGCUCAUCGUACGUAUCAUCCAUCCAUGGCGAUGCCGUGGGAGCUCGCCGAGUACCUGAUGGCCGUCACCUGGGUGUCCCUCGCCCGGUGGGUGGCGGCGUGCGUCUCCCUCGCCGACGGGAUCGCCUGCUCGCUGCGCCGCCGCCGCCGCCACUGGCAGGCCUCUUCCACCGUCGUCGUGACGACAUUUCUCUAGCUAGCUUUGAUUGCAAAGCUCUGCAGGUCUCGUGAGUCGUGAGGCUGUGUGGUUGUAUAUGUAAAAAUUGUAUGUACUAGCUCUUCCCUUUUUUAUCGAGGAGACCUUGGGUCAAUUUGCUGUGAUUUGUUGGCCUCUUUUCUGAACAUUUACUAUUGAGUUCGUUUCGCUCUCUCUUUCUCUCUCUUUUUUUUUGGUUUCGGCAAUGACAUGUGAGUUGGUUCCUGUACUGAAUAUUCUAUCCAAGCGUGUUUCGUUAACAAAGAAAA